CCUUUGCGACGUGAAAAGGUUUGCCAUUGUCGAGUGCUUCCAGAGCCGCGAUCUCGUCGAUGUUCUUUUCGAUGAGGUCAGCGAGCUUGUAAAUGAGCUUGCCUCGGUCUUCGGCCGACAUGGUACGCCACGGACCCUCGAAUGCCUCACGGGCAGCAGCCACAGCAGCGUCGAUGUCGGCGUUGAUAGCCUCUGACACGUCAGCGAUCUUCUCCUCCGUGGCGGGGUUGAACGUCUCGAAGGUGCGGCCACUGGCCGAAGGCACAAACUCGCCGUUGAUCAGUAGAUUGGUCUGCUUGACUGCAACCUUGGACGAGAAUUGGCGGGAUAACAUUACCGGCGAUGCCUUGGCAGCCGUCAUGCUAGUGGCGUGGGAGAAGGCAUUGGCCUGGACGCGCGGAAGGGUACGCAGAAUGUGGCGCUGCAUUGGAUUUUGUAUCGGGGUCGCUUGAAGUGGAAGUGUCGGCGAAAAAGUAAAAAGCGGAAUGAAUUUCACGCGUUGGUGGCAAACUCCCUCAAGACAUUAAUACUUGCUGACGUUGCAAUUCACCACAAUGCAUAGCGCGGGUUUUGGGAUGCCGUCUCGGACGAUCUGUAAGGCGGAAACACCGUCAUCCGAUAGCAAGGUGAAAGAGCUC